GCGGUAGCGGCACGACGACGAGACGGGGGCGGUCAAGGUCGUAACUGGAACCGAAGGAAACACGAAUCGAAUCGUACGUGGAUAAGACAGAAGCCUCGCCAAUGCAAUCGAUCCAGACCGCAUUCCGUUCGUCGCUUGGCCGGAACGUCCUCAACGGCUGUGCUCGCUCCCUACAUUCCACAAAUUUCCUCAACAUGCCUGUCAAAGUUGGAGAUAAGGUGCCCAGCGUUGAUCUGUAUGAGAAGUCGCCUGCCAACAAAGUGAACUUCGCAUCGCUUUGUGAUGGAAAGAAGGUGGUCGUCUUUGGUGUACCUGGUGCCUUCACCCCAGGAUGCUCAAAGACUCAUCUCCCAGGUUAUAUUGCUGAUGCUGACAAACUGAAAUCUCAGGGUGUGAGUGAAAUUGUUUGCAUUUCUGUAAACGAUGCAUUUGUCAUGGAUGCUUGGGCCCAAGCUCACAAAACUGAAGGCAAAGUGCGCAUGUUAGCUGAUCCAAGUGCCCAGUUGACCAAAGAGUUAGGGCUGGAACAAGAUCUCCCUCCUCUUGGUGGUAUCAGAUCCAAGAGAUUUUCGAUGGUGGUGGAGUCAGGUGUUGUAAAAUCUUUGAAUGUGGAGCCUGAUGGCACUGGUUUGUCAUGCUCCCUGGCCAGCAAGCUCUCCGUUUAAACAACAGUUAAGGUUCUUUUCAACAUUCUCACGUUUGAUUUUAAAUGAAACAGAGUUCAGAAUUAAAACAAUUCCUUUAUUCUGUCACUUAGGCAUGUACACCAGUGUUAAAUAAAUUUGAAAUAGACCAAAAAGCCUA